CUCACCUCAAGAGUUGCUAAACGCAGAUGUUCUUGCUGCCCUCUCAAGUCGAGCUCAUUCCUACCCGUGAAGCACAGGAGGCUUGAGCUACCGCGACAAUCAUUUGAACUAGAGCUAAAUGCUGCACACAUCGUUUGAUAUACCGACGCUCCUGGAAUUCCACUUCUGCCUUGAGUGAUAGCUUCCCCUUCCUGUUUCUGCCCAAAAAUAAAUUCAUGGCUUCAUUUACUGUCGGACAUUGGCGAGGAGUACUAACACUUCCUCUCCCAUUUGCCCAAGAGCGCCACAGAAAUAGUUUUGAUAUGAACCCUCCUAACCCAUUCAACACCUGUAACAUAUUGGGCAUCCCGACACUGUAAUUCUGUAUCUUAGCCCAGGGCCCAAUUGUACUACGGUAAUAAUACCAAGCUUUCGGAUCUGGCGUCCUGUCCUCACUUGUCCAACAUUGGGCCUGACAAAUAUUCACGAUUGACCAUCUCACAGUUCUCACAGGGCAGCCUGUGCCAAGCGUCGCAUUAGUGGCUUGUCUGUCAAAGUCCUAUCAUCCGAAUCAAACGAAAAAUGCAUUCGAUGUCGCGGAUGUCGCGGAUGUCGGUGGAUUGGUCACAUCCAUUAGCCACAACGAUAGCUCGAGGGCUUGUUGACGGUGUGCAAUGGUCCGCAGGUGAUUCUCGCGAAGCAAACAUUCUUCAUUACUUGACUGAUUGUAGGGUUGCAAUUCACGUUGGGGAGAUUCGGGGGAGCUGGAAGGUUGAAUUUCGAGUUGGAUAACAAGCUGUUUUCUGGACGAGUGAUCUACACGCUUCUAUAAUGACAAGCCACCCCUUCUUGGCAAUUCAUAUAAUCUGUCGUUGGCCGAAAAGGACUACCCAGCACAUUGUUCGUUGGUGUAAGCGAAUCGAAUUGACAUGGGGCAUAAUGCGUGUCUCGCACAUUUUGUCAACAUAUGCUUCAGACCCCAGGCGGAAGCGUUCUCCGAAUGACCCGCAUGAUGCCAGAAUAGUGCAAUUAUGUGAUGUCUUUUACUGGUGGUAGUAGAGCGAUGAUGAAAGUUGAGGAUAGUUGUGAAGGUGAAACUUCACGCCGACUGAGUCAUCUGUAGAUAUCAUUUUCCGGCAAGAUCGUGCAUCUGAGCCCCGCAUCCGGCGCCCGACUGUGGGAAUAAAAUAUCCUGUUCAGCUACGAUCAAACUGUAGAUUUCAAGACAACCACAUCAAUCAUCGCAUCGAUACACUGAUAAAGACUUACACUCUACUAGCAAGGUUGAAUUUGAGAUAUUCUCGUCGGCUACCGCUCACCCGAGCGUCACCUCAAACACCAUUUUUCUUCCAUAGAGUCCAGAUCAUUCUUCUCGACGGCCUCUAGCUUUGACCAGGAAACCGACACUCCCUCAGUCAUGGCAGGCGGAACCAUCUCCGACCGAAUUCUGAGGGAGGUCAAGGCCGAGCUGGUCGAUACGCCGUUCCACUUCGAGUCUGGCCGUCUUCUCAGUGGCGGGACGGCGAACUUCAUCUACAACGUCAAUCUGGUACACCCCUUGGCCGAUGGAACAACCGAGGUGGCUGUGAAGCACGGCGAAGACUUUCUCGCCCAAAAUCCGGAUUUCAAACUCCCCAAGUCGCGAUGCCGGAUCGAGGAAUCGUGCUUGAAAUACCUCUCUGCGCUACCGCCAACCGUUGGUAACAAGACCAGCGUCGCGACGCCCAAGAUGCUCUACUUCAACGAAGUGACGAACACGCAGGUUCAAGAGUAUCAGCCGAAUCCUCUGAGCCUCAAGAACUACGCCCUGCAACACUUCAUGGCCCCGGUUUCCGAAUCGGUCAAACUGCAGUGUCUCGAUGUUGGCGAGAGCGUGGGCAAGUGGCUCCGGGGAUUCCAUGAAUGGAGCAACUCCACGAAGCAGCGCAAGUUCCGCGAUAUCGCGGCGGCGAACAAGGAGAUGCAGAAGCUCAAGCACUGGGUGAACUAUGAGCGCCUCCCCAGCUCCAUUGAAAGGUUCCCGUCCAUUCUCGGCAAUUGUGCCAAUACCUUCACGGCUAUUGUUGAAAAGACGACGAGAGAGAUGGAGAAAGACGAAAAUCUGCAAGUUAUACAUGGCGACUUUUGGACUGGAAACAUACUCUUGAAGUGCCAGCCUUGGGAAAGCGAACGCAACCGCCUUCUUGUCGUGGACUGGGAGAUGUGCAUGUUGGCUGUUACCCCUCUCGACCUGGGCCAGAUGAUUGCAGAGCUCUAUGAGUUGAAGCUCUACAAGGACAUGGACGCUGGGCCUUGGAUGAUACAGGGGUUUCUGAAGGGAUACGGCGUAGUUGACGAUGACUUUGCCUUCAGAACCUUGCUUCAUGUUGGCGUCCAUCUAAUCGGCUUCGGCACAACUGUGCAGGACUGGGGCACGGAACAGCAGAUCAAAGGCGUGGCCUCUGAAGGACGGGACUUGGUGAUUAAUUCUUGGGAGAAGAACCGCGAGUUCUUCGAAUGUCACCCUCUGGGCUGUAUCUUCUCCCCAAGCUAGGCGAAUUGACGUGAAGGGUAUAUACGCUCGUGUAUACUGCCCAGCGAGCGGCAUGGGCAACGAAAGCCUAUCUUUUUCCUACGCCUCCAAAACCUGUACUCGCCAAAUUUAUUGAGCAUUAGAACUCUUCAGAAAAUAUU